AUGCAUGUCAGAGUCCGAUAUUUUGGUGAGCCAGACAAAAUAGUUGUCGUUGAGUCUAGGGUUACCAAGAUAAAUCAAUUUCGUCGAAUAAUUUUUGAAAAGUUCGGAGUUGAACCGAAGUUGCAACGACUUUUCUACGGAGGGAAAGUGCUUGAAGAUGGUUAUACAUUCCACGAUUAUAACAUUAGACUCAAUGAUGUGGUACAACUUAUGGUUAAACAGUCAAGCGAUGUAAUCCCCAAUGAUUGUGAUAUUACAAAUGAAGACAGUUCGUCAAAGAAAACAGAAAAUGAGGUGAAAUAUGAAGAUGCUACUAGUAGGUUGUAUGUAAUUGAUGAUCUGGUAGACAUCAGAGAUAGGGAAGAAGGUGCCUGGUUUGAAGGGAGAAUAGUGAGGAUAGUAUAUGACCCAAAAUUUUCCAUUGUACCUGAAAAUCAAGAGAUAGUUGAAAGUGAUAACAACAUUGGAAGUGUUGAUCAGCCUCCACUUGAGGCAGUAGAAGCACAGAGUAGAAGCAGCAUGGUACAGAAUGACAGCACUAGAAAGGAAGAGGAAAAUCAUUUACUGUUUGAAGUGCAGUUGGACAAUGAUUCCAGUUUACAUUUUUGUAAGAAGAAAGAAAUAAGACCCAGAGCAAGAACAGUUAUUGAUGUGAAGCAUUUGAAGGCGGGGCAGACAGUCAUGCUUAAUUAUAAUAUCAAUGAACCUUCAGAGAAAGGCCUUUGGUAUGAUUUUAAAGUUGCUGAAGUGAAAAAACUAAGGCGAAGAUAUCAAAUAAUAGGGACGUUGUAUUUAGGGAAAGAAGCUAUACCACAGAACGAUACCAAAGUUAUAGUUCACGAUAAAAUAUAUACUAUAGAAGAAGUUGUGCCUUUAAGCCAAAGAUCUGAAGAGUACAAGGAUUCGAUAUCCGUAGCGCCUGAACCAAGAUCCAAGCCGCUGAAAUGUACUGCGUGUCGUGACAAUGAAAAAGUGAAUUGUAAGGAGUGCGGCUGCCAUCAUUGCCAUAAAAAAGAUUCUCCGGGUGAUAUACUUCUGUGCGAUGAAUGCGAUUAUGGAUACCACAUGAAGUGUCUGGACCCACCGUUAACAAGUGUUCCAGAAGACGACUGGUACUGUCCAUCUUGCAAACGAGAUGCCAACGAAGUGGUCGCUCCCGGUGCGGCGAAACAAACGAAAAAGACCAUAAUAACUAACAGGGAUUGGGGAAGAGGCAUGGCAUGUGUUGGUAAAACAAAAACGUGCACAAUGCCUCUGAACCACUUCGGUGCUAUACCCGGAAUCGAAGUUGGUAUGUGUUGGAGGUUUAGAAUACAAUUAUCAGAGUCAGGAGUGCACCGGCCUCCGGUCUCGGGUAUCCACGGGCGUGACGUAGAAGGCGCAUACAGUAUUGUCCUUGGAGGUGGAUAUGAAGACGAUUACGACAACGGCUAUGAGUUCACAUACACGGGCAGCGGAGGCCGAGAUCUCUCCGGCAACAAGCGAACGGCAGAACAGUCCUGCGACCAGACGCUUACAAGGGAGAAUAAGGCUUUAGCGAGAAAUUGCGCAGUGAAGACCAUAAGCGAAGACGGCGCCGACGCUGGUGACGCUUGGAAAGAGGGAAAGCCAGUUCGUGUCGCCAGAUCAUAUAAGAUGCUGAAGCACUUUCCCACAUACGCCCCUAAAGAAGGAUUCCGAUAUGACGGCAUAUACAAGGUCGUUAAGUACUACCCCGAAAAGGGACUUUCGGGGUACAUAGUUUGGAAAUAUUUAUUACAAAGAGACGAUCCUAAUCCAGCGCCAUGGGAACCCGACGCGAAACAGUUUCCCAUUAUUUAUCCAGAUGGUUAUUUGGAAGCAGCCGCCGAGAAAAAGGCUCUUAAAGAGAAGGGUAAAAAGGCCCAGGUCCCGAAAAAGAGGAGGUUAAAAGAAAAUACUUCAUCAGAUACGGAAUCCACGCCUAGCAAAAAGAGCAAAACAAGCACAGGAGCCAUUGAAAGCGGAAAAGGAAAGACCGCUUUAAAAGAAAAUAAUCAGGUAUCGGACACCAGGGCAAUCGUCUCUGAUGAAGAUGACACCAUGAAUACACCGAAAAGGAGUCGAGUGUCAGCGAAAGGUACAAUUCCUGCGAUGUUUAAUAAGGGGAAACGGAAGGAAGAAAAAUCGAUUUUAACCUCAGAAGAAACCGAUAUUAUAAAUGCAGACGUUUUGAACUCUAAAAUUUGGGCUGAUUGUAUUGACAGAUACAAGAAUUCUGCGAGAAAGGACUUUAUAGAACAAAUAACGCAAGAGUUUCUCUGUAUAAUAUGCCAAGGUGUCGUUGCAUCCCCGGUCACUACGCCCUGUUUGCAUAACUUUUGUAUGGUUUGCUUGAAACUCGCGUUCAAGUCGUCGGAGUCGCGACAGUGUCCUUGCUGCAGGAAAAACCUCGCCGACGUAGAACUGACCCCGAAUGAGCACCUCAAGAAUGCAUUAAGGGUAUUUCUCCCGGGAUACGACGUUGAUCACAUUGGAGGUACUCGCUUGUUUCUUUGUGCUGCUUGUGAUGUCGUAUUGACAAAUCGCUCCGAACUUAUUAGUACCAGAUUUACUGGAGCUACAGGGCGUGCCUUCCUGUUUCACAAAGUUGUAAACCUAGUCUACUCAGAGGUGCAAGACCGUGUGAUGUUGACCGGUAGACACAUGGUGCGUGAUGUUUCUUGCAAGAACUGUUGCACUAAACUUGGUUGGGUGUAUGAAUUUGCAACUGAAGAAAAUCAACGUUACAAGGAGGGAAGGGUUAUUCUGGAAAGGGCUCUUGUGAAUGAAGCAGAAGGAUUUGAAGAGAUUCCUGUUAAUAAUGAUGAUUAA